GCCAGGGCUCCCGCCCGCCCCCUUGCCCCUCAGCACCGCCGCCGCCGCAGCCCUCCCAUCCGCCCCACUGCUCCGCUCCGCAUCCGCGCCAGCCGCCGGGGAACGCCAAAUCGCGGAGAUGAACAAGGCCGCCGCUUUCCGCCUCCGCCUCCUGCGGCGCUCGCUGUUCCGUGGGGAAAUCUCAUCUCAGCCCACCGCGCUUGCCGCACCGGCGCCCCUCCUCCAUCGGCGCCACUACACCUUCCCAUGGCGUGCGGCGGAGGAGGCGCCGGGCACGACCCAACGCCGUCUGUUCCACGGCAUCAUCAAGCAGAGCGGUCGACCGCCUGCAUUGGCGCAGGCGGCGCUGCUCCAUCGACGCCACCACACCACCCCAUGGCGUGGGGAGGUCUCGGCCCCAACCCAGGGACGCCUGCCCCGCAGCAGCAUCAAGCACUACUUCAGCGCUUCGGCCCGAUGGGUGAGCCCCUUUUGGUGGUGGUGCAAGGUCGCCGCAGCGGUAGCUUGCAUCAACGUCGUGUAUUCAGUUGUCUACCACACCUAACUAGUCCGCGUACCAUACACAAGCCGCGUCCCCUUUUUUCGCCUUGAGACCGUGCCGUAUACCAAUCGGAACCACUAUGUCAUUCGCUCUCCCCAAGACGACCGCGAAUAUGGCGAGUCCUGCUUUUCUAUGUUCAAGAGGAACUACCCAUCCACGUUCAUUAGCCCGCUCCACCCAGACAGUGUCCGUGUCAAUCUUAUCGCGGCGCAACUUCUCCCCGCUGUUCAGCGCGGCCUUGACAUCAAGAAGAGGCAUGCAAUUGAGAGCAAGAAACAGGGCAGCAAGUCAUGCGGAUCGCAGCCACAGAUAGCGCACCUUGACGGGCUCGACUGGGAGGUGUUUGUUAUGAAAAACGAUGGGCAUGCCGGUGCAGUGUCGUGGUCCAAUGGCAAGAUUUUAGUGUUCACUGGAUUGCUCAAUCGUUUGGAGACGGAUGCUGAAAUUGCUGCUGUUCUUGCGCAUGAGAUUGCGCACCUGGUUGCCAGGCACUGGUCGGAGUUAAUCAUCUACAAGAAGUGGUGUCCUUAUCCCCUCAAGGUGUACUUCGUAAGAAGGCUGGAGAUAGAGGCAGAUCGCAUGGGAAUGCUGAUAAUGGCUGCUGCUGGUUUCGAUCCACGCAUAGCCCCUGUGGCUGCUGAGAAGCUAGUAGGGAAUGACAUAUAUCAUCCUUCGGGGAAGAAAAGAGCACGGCUUUUAUCUAGGGCAAAGGUCAUGGAUGAGGCACUGGAAUUAUAUAGAGAAGUUAUGUCGGCCAAGGCACCAGAGACUCAUUCUGCUACAGGUGCAUAGCUCAGUGGGGUCAAGAUUGUGUGUGGCGAGCAAGCAUCAAGAACGUUUGUCCUCUAUGAGGUGCCUCCAAUAGGCAAUUGCAAUAGCAGCUGGAUUGUCCAGAACUAUUUUACACACAUUUGGUUUGCCCGGUUACAAUUUAUUACCGUCUUGCAACGCAAGGUGCGAUAGAACACGUGCCCUUCCAUGUUUUAUCCCACUAAAUCCUGUAGCGAAGAAGGCAUUGCAAGUCUGCUUAGUUCAAUGUGCUGUUGAGAAGUGAAAUUGGUUCUUGAGCCCACCCAGCCACAAAAUUUUCGUCUCUGUACCUGCAUCCGGCAGUUGGAUGUUUCACAAAGUAUUCAUCACUGUACCUGCAUUCGGCAGUUGCAUGUUUCACUAUUCA